AUGAAUGCACCCACCUACAUCGUAUGCGAGGGUAACUACCCGUUCACGACUUCUACACUCAACCCCUUCGGACUGAGAGAGGGAGAGCGACUGGAGAAAUUUCCCUUUACCCUCUUCAUCUUCCAGAACCUCCUCGCCGAGUUGCGAGCGCUGAAAGAGGCUAACCAGCGGCUGAGUGAUGACAACCAGGAGCUGCGAGAUCUAUGCUGCUUCUUGGACGACGAUCGGCAGAAGGGACGGAAGUUGGCACGCGAAUGGCAGAGGUUCGGUCGGUACACUGCCAGCGUGAUGCGGCAGGAGGUGUCCGCCUAUCAGACCAAACUGCGGCAGCUGGACGACAAGCAACAGGAACUGAUCCGGGAUAAUCUGGAACUGAAGGAACUGUGCCUCUAUCUGGACGAGGAACGAUCGAAUACCAAUCGACCGGCGGGGGUGUGCGGUAGCUGUGGAGCCGCGCCCGGCAGUACGACGACGAAUGCUGUUCCUCUCCGGGACGACGGAGACGGAAGCAGCUCCAGUACGAAUGCCGACGAGAAUAUUCACCAGCUCGGAGGAGGGCAGUUCGGAAGGAAUGGAUUGACGGAACUCAACCUGCGCUCCGCGCUGAGUGACCAAACCCUGCAGUACGUCCGGUCACUAGAAUCUCGAAUACGACAGCUGGAAGAGGAACGAUGCGCCAUCCUCAAAAACGUCCAACCAAUCGGCCCCAGCAACGGAACGGGACCUCCGGUAACGAACAACAAGCCGGUUGCCAAUGUACAACCGCCACCCCCACUGCCACCACCGUCCUCCAAUUCAGACCCCAUAUCCGGCCGACCGGAAGCCGUCGUCCGGGCACUUCAGGUGCUUGAAGUACGCGAACAGCUCGAACGGGAACGAAUUGGCCCCAACAUACCAACCGACCAUCAGCUAGACGAUGGCGAAAAAGCUCUGGUCCGCGAGAUGUGCAAUGUGGUGUGGCGAAAGCUGGAGGAUGCCCCCAACACAGGAAUCGAUCAGCACGUCUGAUGCUCGCCAGUCCAGUAUCGAGCGAGAAGGAUUAGCAUGACUCGGCGGAAUUCCAUCCCGCUGGCGCUGGAAGCCCAACGAUAAAAAAAACAUCAACAACAAGAGCACAUGGAGGCUUUUUUUUGUGUGUGUGGCCGAACCGGGUGACGGACGGCUUUAAGGUUUACUCUUGCACACUUCUUCCUCUUCUACCUACUACGAUGAUGUACAAAUUAAUUAUAAUGAUGCUUCAGAAAAUAGAAAAAAAAGAGCUAUUGCCACAGAUCGGGCUGGCGGUCGCGCGCCUCUUCUCAAAAGAGUAAACGAGGGCAGACAUUAUUGAAAAGGAUUGUACAGAACACUUCAAACAGUGCACAGCAAAAAGUAGACAUAACGCAAAAUAAUAGAAGUAAAAAACAUCUUAUCCCCAAAAAAGGAGCGGAUCGAAAUGUGCGUUUGUAUGUGGACUUUAAAGAGGUUUCUGAAACCUCGCGCGGGAAAGGGCAGUUUACUACUACUAUACAGGAGAACAUAACCUAUUCAAUUAAAGUUAACAAAGUAUUUAUCAUCGUUUAUCGUUAUAUUUAUACCCGGAUCCACAGGACGGGGAGAAGUGUAAUUAGGGGGAAGAAGCGGGAAUUAAGGAUGCAGAAGGAGAAGAUGAAGAAGAUGAAUAAACUAGUUCUUUUUCAGCGAUUAUGCUUUUCAAGGCGAUUUGUAAUUGCUCGGGGUUAUUUUUGUGAAUGUAUAAAAUGAUGUUUGGGGGGGCCUUAUGUAAAGAAACACUAAUACCUUGAGAAAUCUGUCGAGAUUUACUUUUGUAGAAAUGUGAGCGGCAAGUAAUAACUUGGGUAGGUUUUAUAAUGCAGCAGCAGGAAGAAAAUCGGACAAUAUUUCAGCGCUAUGUAUCUGUGUAUCCUAGGAUUUCUUGUUAGAGGUUGUUUUUAUAUACAUAAUUUUUAUCAUUAUUAAAAGGUUGUUAUUCUUAA